UUAAUAGAUUAAAAAAUAGAAAAAAGAAAAGGGUUUAAUAUUCUUAAAAAAGGGUUUAAGCUUAAGACAAAACCUGCUCCCUUUUCUGCCAGUGGUACACAUUCUCCUUAUUCUCUCCCGGGCACUGUCGACGGCGUUGAACCGCCGGUUUAUCAAGGCGAUAGUUUUCAAGAUGUUCUCUCUGCUCACCACUCUUUCUAAUUGCUCACCCUUUUGUUCUCUGUGAACGUUGGUAAUCAUCAUACCCCAGAACGGCGCCAAGAAUCAACAACGACAGCUCCUAGCAUAGCUAUUGAAGCUUGGAAACCGAACUCUACUUUUUCGUGCUUUGUUUGGCAGAAGGAAAAAUAAAAGAAAAAUCAAGAGAGACAGAAAAUGGAAGAAUCUCAAGAAAGAGAAGAGUGGACUCUUGUUGCAAGAAAACCAUAUUUUGGACUCCCAACUGCUUGCCCAAUUUGCUUGCCUGUCUACAUGUAUCUCAAGUUAGCUAGGUUUCCCUUUCGCAUGGAUUUCAAUUCCACUUAUCCAGAUUCAGAUCAAAUUCCUUACAUUGAAUCUGGUGGUUAUGUGGCUUAUAAUAAUGAGAGUGGCGGGGUUAUUCAACAUUUGAAGGAAGAUGAUAUUCUUAAUCUGGAUACUGAAUUCUGCUCCAUCCCAGAAUGGAUAUCAAUGGAAGCGAUGAUUAGCUCCUGGCUUGUAGAUGCAAUCACUUAUGAGCUCUGGUUGGGUUCUGAUGGAAGUUCUGCUUUCAAGAUUUAUUAUUCUGACCUUCCUUGGUUAAUAGGAAAGGUCUUAUUUGCCAAGCAAGAAUAUACUGUUAAGCAGCGACUUGGGAUAACAAAAGAAAAUGCUGAACCAAGGGAAAAAGAGAUUUACAAGAGAGCAAAAAUUGCAUAUGGAGCUUUGUCAACCAGAUUAGGAGAACAGGAGUUUCUCUUUGAGGACAGGCCAUCAAGUUUGGAUGCAUUAUUCCUAGGGCAUGUGAUUUUCACCAUUCAAGCAUUACCUGAAGCAUCAGUUCUUCGGAGUUCACUUUUAGAGCAUGGUAAUCUCAUAAGAUACGCUGAAAAACAUAAAAAUAAUUUCUUGGAUGCGGGUUCAUCAUCAUCUUCUGUCCCGCGGUUCCCAUCAGAUUCGUCAUCAUCGACUCCAAGAAGAGGUCCUUCAAAUUUUAGUUCAAAGCCGAAGAGAAAACCCAAGCGGGAAAAGACUGAAGAGGAGAAAACUUUCAAAAGAAGGGCAAAAUAUUUCUUGGCAACACAGGUGAUAGCUAUUUUACUUUUUCUCUCUGUCAUGGGUGGAUAUGACUUUUCGGAAGUGGAUGUUGGUGAUGACGAUGAAGGCUAUGGUUAUGACUGAGAAUAAAUUAAUUUGUUUGCUGAGAUUUCUGCUGUGAUGCCCUGAUCGUAAGUACCAGCAUCGUAAGAAUUCUUUUUGUUUCAUUCUUUUAAUUUCGUUUCUUUUGACAUUGUUAUUUUCCAAAAUAAUUAUCCAUAGAAGCCACUGGAUUUAGUUAGUUGUGCAAUAGAUCAAUAUUUAAAAGUGAUUCUGAAGGGAAAAUUUUUAACAGCAGAUGGAUGUUUCAAGUGCUUCUAAAGAGGAAUUCUUAGUAGUUGGAUUCUAAUAUCUAAUUUUUGAAAUCUUUGUUGUUUUUGUGGGAUGAAUUAAUAUUGCACGAGCACACAGUUCUAUCAUUUUUAUCGCUAGUAUGAAGAUAAUUUGUUAUA